UCUUUUAAACUUCACUCCUACUUUGCUGCCGCUUCACUCCCUCUCACCGCCAUUCAGAGGCGCGCAUCCCAACCUAUCGCUGGUAUCAGCUGUACAACGUAGACCAUGGCAGAGCAAGAACCUACUCCAGAGCAGCUGGCAGCCAUUGCAGCAGCCAACGAAGACAGCGAAGGCGGGGUCAACUACAAACCCCCUGCCCAGAAGAGCUUACAGGAGAUCCAGGAACUGGACAAGGACGACGAGAGCCUCCGCAAGUACAAGGAGGCCCUGCUGGGCAAUUCUCAGGCGUCUACAGUAGAUCCAGCAGCCGCCAAUGUCCAAGUGGUGAGGCUGACCCUGCUGUGUGAUGCGGCACCAAACCCCUUGACCCUUGACCUGCAGGGAGACCUGGAGGCUUUUAAGAAGCAGACAUUUGUGCUGAAAGAAGGGGUGGAAUACAAGAUAAAGAUUACCUUCAAGGUCAACAAGGAGAUCGUUUCGGGCCUGAAGUACAUCCAGCAAACAUUCAGGAAAGGAGUGAAGAUCGACAAAUCAGACUACAUGGUUGGCAGCUAUGGGCCCAGACCACAGGAGUAUGAGUUUGUGACCCCUCUGGAGGAGGCACCCAAAGGGUUGCUUGCCCGCGGCACCUACAACAUCAAGUCCAAGUUCACCGAUGACGACAAGUGCGAUCAUCUCUCCUGGGAGUGGAACCUCACUAUUAAGAAAGACUGGAAAGACUGAUUUCCCACUCGCUGUCUGCUGUCAGCUUCCCUCUCUCUUCAUCCCUCCUCCUUUCUCUGACUACCAUUCCUCCAUCUCUGUUUGCAUUAUUUGAUUAUGAAAUUCAUUGUUUAAGUGACAAAGGUUUUGCUCUCUCCGUCCAUCCACCCCUCCCUUACAGUUAGCCUUUUUUUUGUGAAAAUUCCAAUCACUUUGUCAUUCCAUUCAUCCCUCCUCUCCCAACCAUCUUUUGCAUUCCCCAUUCUGUUUCACCCCAGUGAGUUUUAAACCUUGAAAAAUAUACUGUAUGUAUGGAGAAAGCAAACUAUGUGCACAAUCAAGAUUUUGUGGUUAUGGUUUGUUUGUAUAUAAAAGAGAAAAAAACAUAAGGAAAAAAAAUAAUCUUAACUGCUCUUGCAAUGUUAUAGGUGAUCCGCUAUUUGAAUUCCUCUGCCCUUUUCCCCUUUCAUUUCUUCCACACAUGAUCCCCCUUCUUCAUCCUUCUUUAUUUUUCAGGUUGUUUUAUAUGAUUACCAUGAUCUGCCUUGAGAAGCAUUGUAAAGGGGGUAGGAGCCGUUGAGCAAUCAUGGCUGCAAACGGCUCUUUGACUCAGGCCUCCUAAAGCCUUUGAGUAGAUUAUUUGUACCAGAGUCUGCGUAACAUGUUUGGAAUUCAGGCCAUUUCUAUUAUAAAUGGUUUAUCACCCUAUAAAGUCUGCUGAGAGAAAAGUAUAUGCCGAUUACCUCCAGCCCAUAUGAGGCAGCGUAAGCGCUUGAUUUAGGUGUGGCUGUCCCUCUCCUUAUCAGGGUGUUUUGGUAGUUCUUUUAGCAGCCAUGUGGCCUUAAGGAAAACCCAUGUAACCAAUAAAAGAAAUAGACAACUUAGUAAAGCCGUUUGCCUUCAGAAUAUAUUUGCCAGACCAUCAUGUGAGCCUACUCUAACAAUGCUGGUGAUACCUGGACCGAGUAUCAGGACUAAGUACUUGAAACGCUUCUAUUGCAGGUCAAAUGACAUGUGAAAACCAUAAUGUAGACAUCAGCCAAAUCAACUGUCUUCAUCACCCUCUCAUUCCCUUCCAAACCUGUAAAUGUCCAGUGAUCUGCUGAAUCUUAUUUUAAAUCACUUGUAUUCGUGUAAAGUGUCAUUGGCCUGGAUUUUAAUUAUGGCUUCUUCUUUUUUUUACCAUCCAAUUUGCUCUCUCUAGUUGCUAAGUUCAUGUUUCCAGAGCCGCAGCUUGUGGCCCGUGUGUUCAGGCAUCCAACACAAGGACUGUUCAACAGCUCUUACCACUCAACUACAUUACCAACACUGCCUGUGCCUCUCGUCUCUUAUAAUCACAUGCUGCUCUGUGUAGACUUCUGCCGACUUGGGGGUACUUGGUUUGAACAUCUGAAAGGUGAAAAGCUGUCCAGUAAUUGACCUUUGACACAGUGCAGAGACUGGUGCGACUGUUUUCAUCAGGUCCCGUCUAUACACACAGUUUCCAGUUUAAUGAAAAUGGCUAUAACAUUCCGCUACAUAGCCUUUUUUUUGUACACUCCAUAAUCUGUGAUGUAUAGGAUGGGGCUUCAUUCAGCUGUCAUGGACUGUUGUAUUUCUGUUUGGGUUGGGAAUUAUUUCAUGUGUGCUUCUUUGUGCUACCUAGAGAUUAGUGCUCACCGGUGUCCACAUUAAAGUGUUCAGAAUGGG